AUGCCCGCACGGCUCUUCCCGCAUCGCGACUGGAGCACCCAGUCGGCCGAGCAGCAGCUUCCCUUCACCGGCGACAACGUGGACGACGGCGAGUUUGUCCAUGACCAGCACAACACGGACGUCGAGUCGCAGACACAUGCCCGGGCCCGGCGCAUACGAGCGCAGUCCAACGCCUCCACCGCGCUCUCCCAGUCCUUCUCGCGCAACCCCGUUCGCUCGUUUGCGCAUCAGACCUCGCACGGCUUCACCGACACGCCGCAAUACUCGUCACAGGGUGUGCGCGAGAGAAGCUCCCAACUGGCCUCGUACGCCCUGGACUCGGAAGAAUACCAGGACCGACCGCACAGCCACAGCCACAGCCACAGCCACAGCCACAGCUUCACAGAGCCGGACUCCCCUGGAUCCCGCCCGCUAUCUGAGCAUCAGCAUGGCAGAGGAUCCAUCGACUCGACAAGGGAGGACACGAUCGAGGAAGACAGCGAGCUGGAGACGCCCGUAACCGUCAUUGGAGGUCCACAGAGCGCAGAUCACAGCUUCUUCAGCCCCAUACUGCAUCCAUGGCAGGACAUGGGCCGCAAGGCAUCUACCGCCUCAGCGCUGCCUGAUGUUGUCGUGCAGGACACGGAGCGAACACCGCUGCUACCUGCCGCAAGACUCCCGCGCGUCGACUCGCAGCCAAAACAAAAGAGCACCGAGAGCAAGAGCAAGAGCAAGAGCAGAGGCCGUUCGCCCAACAAAAGCCUUCCUCUGCGUGUCAAGGACACUUUGGCCACAAGCCGAGAGCAUCUCCUUGGAUUCAGCCGCUCCUUGACCAAUCCCAAGACCUACACCAAGGACGCCCUCGUGUCAGCUGCCCUGAACAGUGCACAGACAUUGACGGCCGUUUUCCUCGGACUCCUCCUGAACAUCCUGGAUGCACUUUCCUAUGGCUACAUCCUGUUUCCCCUCGGUGCUCCCAUCUUCAGCCAAACUGGCCCUGACGGCAUCUCCAUCUUCUUCGUCAGCUGCAUAGUGUCGCAACUAUGCUACUCCUUGGGUCUGUCCGCCUUCAAGGGUGGUGUUGGUUCGGAGAUGAUCGAGGUUGUCCCCUUCUUCCACAAGAUGGCAUACUCGAUCAUGGAACGCAUGGAGGGCGAGUCGCCCGAAGCUAUCAUGGCCACGACCAUCACCUCCUACUGUCUUAGCUCCAUCCUUACUGGCCUCAUCUUCCUUGCUCUGGGAGGCUUUAAGCUCGGCACCUUGGUCAGCUUCUUUCCUCGACACAUCCUCAUCGGCUGCAUUGGCGGUGUAGGCUUCUUCCUCUUCGUCACGGGCAUCGAAGUUUCUGCCCGCCUCGAGGGUAACCUCAACUACGAUCUUCCUACCUUGCAGAAGCUCUUCUCCGCAGACACUUGGUACUUGUGGAUCAUUCCCCUCGUUCUUGCCAUCUCGAUCAUGCUCAUGCAACGCAUGGUCAAGAGCCCCUUCGUCCUGCCUGCCUUUUUCGUUCUCAUCUUUGCAACCUUCUACGUUUUUGUAAAAGGCAUCUUCCGGGUGGACUUGCAAGACGCUCGCGACGCAGGCUGGAUCUUUGAGCAGCCUGAGGCGGGCGUCAAGUUCUACCGUUUCUAUUCCUACUUCAAAUUUUGGCUCAUUGAUGUAUCAGCGCUGGCUAGCUGCAUACCGACCAUGUUCGCUCUCUCCUUCUUUGGUAUCAUCCACGUACCCAUCAACGUGCCAGCUUUGGGCGCUGCAGUGAAAGAGGACAAUCUCGACGUGAACCGUGAGCUGAUGGCACAUGGUAUCUCAAACACGCUGUCUGGUUUCGUCGGUAGCAUCCAGAACUACCUGGUGUACGCGAAUAGUGUCAUGUUUAUUGCGAACGGAGGCGACAGCCGCGUUGCCGGCGCUCUGCUUGCUGCUGCCACAACUGCCGUCUGGAUCGCCGGCCCAGCCAUGGUCGGCUACAUCCCCAUCUGCCUCGUCGGAGCCCUCAUCUUCCUGCUCGGCAUUGACCUCAUGAAAGAAGCUCUGUGGGACACUUUCGGCAAGUGCCACAAACUCGAGUACCUUACCAUUGUGGCCAUUGUCUUGAUCAUGGGUGUCCACGACUUCGUUGUAGGUAUCUUUGUUGGCAUUGUUCUAGCCUGCGUCAGCUAUGUCGUCCAGAGCUCCCGUCAUCCAGCUAUCCGAGGGUCGUAUAGCGGCGUUGUUGCUGAAUCGACCGUGCGACGCCCUCGAGCGGACUGCCGCUACCUCAGUAAGGUCCGGGGCCAGAUUCGCGUUGUCAAAUUGGGCGGCUUCCUCUUCUUUGGAACCAUUGUCUCUGUCGAAGAGAACUUGCGAUCGCUAAUUGACGAUGAUCACUUUGAGGAGCAACCAGUAAGCUUCAUCAUUGUCGACUUCACCCACGUCACCGCUGUAGACUUCUCGGGCUGCGAAGGCUUUCAGCGCAUCAAUCGCAUCCUCGGCAGCAAGAACGUCAAGAUGAUCCUUUCUGGCGUAUCUUUCGCCAACGACGUAGGGAAAUCUCUUCAGAGUGUAGGCCUGCUUGACGAAACGGAAGGCGAGGAGAGCCCGCCGCCUCCUCAGGUAUUCGAGGAUCUUAACACGGCACUCGAAUCGUGCGAAAACGAGCUUCUCGAAGUCUUCCACAGGCACUGCAGCACGCACGUCAAGAAGCGCCAGAUCACUCCACCCAUGUCUAUCAGCGGCGCCAAGAACCUCAACGCCGAACCCAUUCCCUCCGGUGGCUCGCCAGCGUCAUCUCUUGGACCGAGCUCGCUCAAUCCCGACUUCGCCUCGCCUCGCCGCGGUGCCCGCCUCAUGGCUGCUCGCUCGACUAUGCGCGAGUCCGCUCAUAAUUCCGACUCGGACACGUCUUCCUUCCCGGACUCAUCCAAUAACAAUGAGUCUGCACCCUCUGUCCAAGGUGUACCGUCGCGCUGGAAAAACUUUGCGCAACCCCUGAAAAUCAUUCUUCAAACUUUUGAGGACGUGUCGACUCAAAACGAGGACUUCUGGCAUGUAGUUGCGCCGUAUUUCUCACGCUGUGAGUUCGCUGCCGGCUCCCUUCUAUACUCGAGAGGAGACGACCCGGACGGCUUCUACAUCCUGGAAAAGGGCCGGUUCCGCGCAGAGUAUGAGCUUGAUCAGGGCAGCUUCUUCGAAGUCAUUCUACCUGGUACAACUUGUGGCGAGCUGCCCUUCUUCAGCGAAACGGAUCGCACAGGAACGGUGGCGGUAGAGAACGACAGUGUGGCAUGGUUGUUGACUAGGGAGAAAUUUGAGAAGUUGGAGCAGGAGCACCAGGACGUUGCGCGAGAGCUGCUCAAAGUCGGGCUGAAGUUGACCAAGGAGAGGAUGGAUGCGAUCACAAGCUAUGUGCUUGUCACUGCAUCGUAA